AUGGAAGAAAAUGACCAGCUCCAGCUGGAUAUCGUCGCGGUCGACGUUGGCAAACACCAAGGACUGCAGUUAACCCUUAGGACAGGUCCGGGCACAGUUCAUGAUGGUGUGACAUCUGUACAGGGACAUGGAGUUCUGGAGCAUUUCCUUUCUAGCCUUUCCAGCCUGGUCUCUGGAGUCGACAAGCCAUCUAUAGGCCUGCAUCAGAACGGCGGGUCCAAGGUACUCCUGCUGGUUCCACCAGUAAGAAGGACACGAGGUGCUGCAACAUGCACACAGAAUACAUUCGUAAAGACCGUCAAGCUUCUUUCUAUCCUCAACACUUUGGAAGUUCUCCUUACCGUCAGCUGGCUUGGACUUGGUUUGCAAAUACGGCUGGAUGGACUUGUAUUGCUUGUAGAAAUGCGUAAGGUCCGGAACCAGGUCUCUCACAAUGUACAUGUGAGGAAGCGGAUAUAUCUUGAGUUCUUUGGAUUCAUCUUGGUCGAUCUUGCAAAGACAAGCCAAUGUGUUUUGUCCGCCAAUAUUCAUGGCACAAGACCCACAAAUACCUUCUCUGCAACUUCUUCUGAAAGUGAGCGUGGCGUCCUGUUCGUUUUUGAUCUUGAUGAUGGCGUCAAGGACCAUCGGACCGCACUGGUUCAAAUCGACCUUGUAUUCUUGCAUGUGAGGCUUCUUGUCUGGGGUGUCCGGGGACCAUCUGUAAAUCUUGAAAGACUUGAGUCUUUGGGCGGCGGCCUGGGUGGCCAUGCCACGAGUUCCUUGAAGACGAAUGAUGGAUUUAAACAUGGUUAA